UGAAUUGAUGAUGAUAAUGAUAUUAAUGAAAAUAUGAACUUAUUACAACUGAAAACAUGGGCAGAGCAUGUAGUAAAUACAAUGAUCAAGAUGAAUUUUUGUAUGAUCCCAAGUUAUUAGAAAAUUUGGAUUGGGCUUUUGUGCUUCAAUUCCUAAAUCCACCCAUAACAAAUGAACAGCCAGGAGAAGAAUGGCUUCUAGUGAGGCCAUUGAAACUAUCAGACUUUGAUAGAGGGUAUUUACAAAUUUUGUCUCAGCUGACAAAUGUUGGAAAUGUCUCUAAAGCUAACUUUGAAAGUCAAUUCCAGAAAAUGCGCAAUACUGGUGGUCACUAUAUCACUGUUAUAGAAGAUACAAAAAUUAACAAAAUUAUUGGAUCUGCAUCACUCAUAACUGAAUUUAAAUUCAUCCAUGAAUGUGCACUAAGAGGUAGACUGGAAGAUGUAGUAGUGAACAAUACCUACAGAGGCAAACAACUUGGAAAACUGAUCGUGUUGACUGUCACCUUACUCAGCAAGAAACUGGGCUGCUAUAAGAUGUCUUUGGACUGCAAGGACGCCCUCAUACCUUAUUACAAAUCCUUGGGGUACAAAUCGGAGCCGGGCAACUCAAACUCCAUGAUGAACAGGUUCGAGAAAGAGGAUCCCUCCUGACAAUUAGCCGCCGAUGCCUCAAAUAACACCAAAUCGAAAUUGUGAAAAUUCCUUUAUUCCAUAUGAAUUUUUGAUGAAAAAAACAUAUCCACCGUGUACGAUGUUGCUUUCAAUUUUUUUUCUAUCGGAAAAAAUAAAUUAUAAAUACCUAAUUUAAUGUAUGGAAUGAUGAUUUGGUGUCUGAGGCAUUGGCGUCUCGGAAGUUGUAUAUUUUAUUCAUCCUAACUUAGUUUUAUUUCCCGGUUCAAAUAACUGUGAAAUCAGUUAAUUGGCUAAAUGAGCCAUCUCAAUAUUUUAUCAAUUUGAAUACAAAUUUUAUUCCUAUUGCAAAAGAUGUUUGCCUUUUAGGUAAUCUUGAUUUGUUAUUAAAUGUUGAUUUCGAUUUAUAUUUAUUCACCAAAUCUAUUUCCUGUUCCUCAAUUCCAUGUAUGUAUGUAUAA